UUUCAUUCUGAGAGUCAGGUCAGGUCACCGGAGGCAAGAUGACAACGUACACAGAUAAAGGCGAAAAGCAUGAGCAGGGCAGCUUCCUCUGCUUUGAUCACUUAACCUUCUGGGUUGGAAAUGCAAAGCAGGCUGCAUCAUAUUACUGUAACAAGCUGGGAUUUGAGCCUUUGGCUUAUCAGGGUUUGGAGACGGGCAGCAGAGAAGUGGUGUCCCACGCAGUCAGACAAGGAAAGAUCAUUUAUGUGUUCUCAUCCGCCCUCAAUCCUGGAAACAAAGAGAUGGGGGAUCAUCUAGUGAAGCACGGGGAUGGAGUGAAGGAUAUUGCAUUCACAGUGAAGGACUGUGACUUUCUUGUGCAGAAAGCCCGAGAGCGAGGUGCAGUUAUUGUGAAGGAGCCCUACACCCUGGAGGACAAGCAUGGUAAAGUCAGGCUGGCUGUGCUUCAGACGUACGGUGACACCACUCACACGUUUGUGGAGAGGACGGGAUACACUGGGCUGUUCCUGCCAGGCUUCCACCCCCCUCUGUUCAAGGACCCUUUAUUAGCCGGACUACCAAGUGGAAAACUGAACUUCAUUGAUCACGUUGUGGGAAACCAGUCGGACAAUGAGAUGGUUCCAGUGGUGGACUGGUAUCAAAGAAACCUCCUCUUUCACCGCUUCUGGUCAGUGGAUGACAAGCAGCUUCAGACAGAGUUCAGCGCCCUGCGCUCCAUCGUUGUGGCGAACUACGAGGAGACGGUGAAGAUGCCCAUCAACGAGCCCGCCAUGGGGAAGAGGAAGUCACAGAUCCAGGAGUAUGUGGAGUACUACGGAGGUCCAGGAGUGCAGCACAUAGCCAUGAAUACAUCAGACAUCAUCACCGCAAUUCGUAACCUAAAGGAGCGCGGGAUGGACUUCAUGUCUGUGCCAGACACCUACUACGACCAGCUGAGGGAGAACCUCAAACACUCAAAGGUCAAACUCUCAGAGGACCUGGAUGUCCUGCAGGAGCUGAAGAUCUUGGUGGACUAUGACGACAAUGGCUAUUUACUUCAGAUCUUCACCAAACCGGUUCAGGACCGGCCCACCGUGUUCCUAGAAGUCAUUCAGAGACACAACCACCAGGGCUUUGGUGCAGGAAACUUCAAGUCUCUGUUUGAAGCCAUCGAGGCAGACCAGCAAGCGAGGGGAAAUCUGACCAUCCUGACGCCGAAUGGCGUUUCAGAGAACAUGUGAUGCCAGUGAUACUAUGCUUUACAGUCUCAGUAAAUAUGAAUUACUACUAAUUACUAAAACACUUUACUUUUAGGAGGUUUAUAUUCUACGUCGAUGCACGUUUAUUAAAGCUGUUAUUCUUGAUUUUUAUUUUGUGAUUUGCAUGUUUUAUUACAACAUACAACACGUGACAUUAUUUUAUGUGUUGAAAAGUACUUUAACACAAUGCAACACGUCCUUUUUUACAGAAUAUUAACAGGAAAAGCAACAUUACCGAUACCAGCUUGACUCAAGCAAAACACCAUUUAAGCUCUCAUAAACGAAAACAUUUAACUGUACACUUCUGUUAUCAUUUGGACGAUGAGGUCGGCAGAUAUUUCAUUGUAACAGAGGUGGGACAGACGUUAGCAAGUGUUGCUAGCAAAGAAUCAGGAUUCUGUUUUCACCUGUGCUUGCAGGUGGCACAUCACAACUCAAUGCCAAGCCUCCAUUAACAGAUUAAAGUUCUAAGUGCUUGGUCCAUUUCAUUGGCCCAUCAUUCACUGAGCAGCGCUGACGAUCGUCUGCAGUGCUUUUAGGAGCUCCUGUAUGGCCUCUCGACAGUUACUCGCUGUACAGUUUUAAAUAGCAUUAAAACUUUUUGACACAUAUUCAGGGUCUGUGUUUAUAUCGUACAGUUCCUCAGGCAACUCUGGCUCUUGACAUAAUGGGGACACGUCGUUCGAGCUCAGUUCAAGGAGCCGCGGCAGCCGUCUGCUCCACACAAACAAGGAAUCUUUGUCUCCUCAAUGGGAAACUUGUAGUCGUACGUGAUCUCUUCAUUGAUGCUUAUCGGCUGCCGGGAGUAUAUCACUAUCUUCUUCUGAGACUCCACAGUGAUGAUCUUUGCAUA